AUGUCGUACGACGAUUUACGUGGAAUUAAAACAGAAAUAAGACAAGGAUCAAUAUAUAAAAACUUAAAAACAUUCCACAUUUUUCAUGCUGAUGAUAUAACACAUACAAUAGUGAAGAGGGGGAUAAAACAAAGCGAUCAUCCAUUUAAUGUUAUAAAAGAAGUUAAAUUUACAACUCUCAAUAAAGAGUUCAGACUUAUUUUGACUCCUAGAAAAGAUGUUAUUCAUUCAAAAUUCAAAGCAUACACAGUGGAUGCUGAUGGAAAUGAAACUCCAUUUCAUGUUGAUCAUGACAAUUUUUAUCAUGGUAGAGUUUUCGGUGAAGUAGUAUCACAUGCACAUGUUCAUAUCGAUGAUGGGGUUUUAACAGCUUCAAUACAUUUCGAAGAUGAAGUGUAUCAUAUUGAGCCAAAAUGGAGACAUCUUCCAGAUGUAGAUAAUCGUUCUAUGAUAGCAUAUAGAGCAUCAGAUGUUAAAUUUAGUUGGGAUCAAAAUUUAAAUGAUUACAGUGAAAAAAAUUGGCCAAGAACUUGUGGUUAUGUAAAAGAAGAAGUAGAUAAAGAGCUUAAUUUAAAUAAAAAUAAAAAUGACAUAAAUGAUGAUGAUUUCGAUGAUGACAAAGAAGAAGAAGAAAAUACUAAAAGUUAUUACACUAAAAAUCACACAGAAGCCAAAUCUAGAAAAAAGAGACAAGCUGAUCAGUAUGAAUACACACCUUCUAAAACAAGAUGUCCGUUACUGCUUGUCGCAGAUUACAGAUUUUAUCAUGAAAUGGGUGCGGGAAAUACUAAAACCACCAUUAAUUAUUUGAUAAGUUUAAUUGAUAGAGUGCAUAAAAUUUAUAAUGAUACAACUUGGCAAGAUAGAAAUGAACAAGAUGGAUUCAAGGGAAUGGGAUUUGUGAUUAAAAAAAUUGUCGUUCACUCGGAGGCAACAACCGUUAGAGGAGGAGAAUUACAUUAUAACAUGGUUCGAGAUAAAUGGGAUGUUCGUAAUCUACUCGAGGUUUUUAGUCGAGAGUACAGUCAUAAAGAUUUUUGCUUGGCCCAUCUAUUCACCGAUUUGAAAUUUGAAGGUGGUAUUUUGGGUUUAGCUUAUGUUGGAUCUCCAAGACGAAAUUCUGUCGGUGGGAUUUGUACUCCAGAAUAUUUUAAAAAUGGAUACACUCUCUAUUUAAAUUCCGGAUUAAGUUCCAGUCGAAAUCAUUACGGGCAAAGAGUGAUUACCAGGGAGGCAGAUUUGGUUACAGCCCAUGAAUUUGGACAUAAUUGGGGAUCCGAACAUGAUCCCGACAUAACAGAAUGCAGUCCCAGCGCUUCACAGGGUGGAUCUUAUUUGAUGUACACAUACAGUGUCAGCGGAUACGAUGUUAAUAAUAAGAGAUUUUCACCUUGUAGCUUACGGUCGAUUCGUAAAGUUUUACAAGCCAAGUCGGGAAGGUGUUUUUCAGAACCGGAAGAAUCGUUUUGUGGAAAUUUAAGAGUGGAAGGAGAUGAAGAAUGCGAUGCCGGUCUCAUCGACGACGACGAUCCAUGUUGCGACAAGAAUUGCAAGUUGAGACGAAAUCAAGGAGCCGUUUGCAGCGAUAAAAACACGCCCUGUUGUCAACAUUGCCAAUUCAUGAUGGAGGGUAUUAAAUGUCGGGAAGCUCAACUGGCAACUUGCGAGCAAGAAUCCAAAUGCACGGGAACUUCGGCCGAAUGUCCCAAAAGUCCGCCGAUGAUGGACAAAACCGUUUGUUUGGAAAAGGGUCAAUGCAAAGAUGGAAAAUGCAUUCCUUAUUGUGAAACGAAAGGUCAACAAAGUUGCAUGUGCGAUGACUUGGUUAACGCUUGCAAAAGAUGUUGUCGAAAUCAUUUAAACGAUACGUGCGCUCCAGAUAGUAGCCAAGAUAUUCUGGGCGAUGGAACGCCAUGCGUUCAAGGGAUAUGCGAAAAAACCAUUCAAGACGUCGUGGAAAGAUUUUGGGAUAUCAUAGAAGAAAUAAACAUAAACAAAGUAAUUAUAUUUUUGAGGGAUAACAUUGUCGGGGCAACAAUCAUCGUGUCAGCUUUAAUUUGGGAUUCCGGGCUAGUGAGUUAUUUCGAUCGACGUAGGAGAAGAGAAAUAUUGAGGAGACAAGAAUGGAACAAACGUAACGAAUUAUUACAUCCCUCCGACAACAGACGUGUGAUUAGAACGGUCGUGCCCGCCAAAAGAUCAUGA